GGACCGAACAACUCCGUGCAGGAAGGGUGCGCCCACCCAGCCAACGUGCCACCUUCGUUCCUACUCCUUUGUGUGACAUUUUCAGGAGCUCUACAUUCCGACAAGCAAUAGGAGUGCGGCUGAGGCGCUAUGGCCUCGGGGGAAGGGUGGCUUCGGGACCGGAAGAACCUUUGGUUGCCAGGGGAACGCCAAGCGCCUAGUUGCCUGCCCUUUGACUGACGCUCCGCUACACACAGGCUACAGUUCACCCAACUUGUGGAGGUGGUGGCUUUGGUCAGGACUAGGCAUCCUUCUUAUGGAGGGGUAGAGAGGAAAAAGCUGAGAGACGCCCACGGCAGAUUCCCAUCCAGAAGCGGUUGGAAGCGAGUGUGUCCGUUCCUGCCCCUCACCAGCUCCUGGGCCUGCCGGACUAACCUCAAAGACCAGCUAGUUUGUAAAUAUUUGAAUCACAUUAUGGGAUUGCUAGACAGACUUUCAGGGUUGCUUGGCCUGAAGAAGAAGGAGGUUCAUGUUUUGUGCCUUGGACUGGAUAAUAGUGGCAAAACAACAAUCAUUAACAAACUUAAACCCUCAAAUGCUCAAUCUCAAGAUAUAGUUCCAACAAUAGGAUUCAACGUAGAGAAAUUCAAAUCAUCCAGUUUGUCUUUUACAGUGUUUGACAUGUCAGGUCAAGGAAGAUAUAGAAAUCUCUGGGAACACUAUUAUAAAGAUGGACAGGCCAUUAUUUUUGUCAUUGAUAGUAGUGAUAGAUUAAGAAUGGUUGUGGCCAAAGAAGAACUUGAUAUUCUUCUGAAUCAUCCAGAUAUUAAGCACCGCCGAAUACCAAUCCUGUUCUUUGCAAACAAAAUGGACCUUAGAGACGCAGUGACAUCUGUGAAAGUGUCUCAGUUGCUAUGUUUAGAGAACAUCAAAGAUAAGCCAUGGCAUAUUUGUGCUACUGAUGCCAUAAAAGGAGAAGGAUUACAAGAAGGUGUAGACUGGCUUCAAGAUCAGAUCCAGGCUGCAAAGACAUGAAAAGAUAGUAUUUGGAAACCUCAAAAAUUGUCAUUUCAAGGAACAUAUCUUAAGACAAACUGAAUAUAUUAAAUUUUUUUUAAAGAUGCUGGUGCAUCUAAGAACACUUUAUAAUUUGCUUGCAUUUAUGGACUGUGAGUAAACUUUAUAAGAAUAUAGGACCUCAGAUAUGCUAAUCUGGCCAUUAGUUAUAUAAAAACAAAUCCUCAGAAGGGCUCCCCAGGCUUAUCAACUUCUUGGUAAAUGUCUAACUUGAUUGCAGUGAGAAUGUUUAAAGUCAGAGUUAAAAUCCAUCUCACUAUCUCUUCAUGAAUUAUGAUAUCUUUAAUGUAUUUUAUUUUUAAAUUAUCCUCUAAAAAUUAGUUUUGUAGUAUGACUGCAGUGUGAUUGUGCUAGUGAAAAAUAACUUUAAAUGUUUAUAAGGGACCAUAAGUAAUUAAUGUGUAUCUAGAUUUUUACUUACAUCAUCAUCAAUAAAACAUAAAAUGUAACAUACCAACUAAUGUGCUUUAUAAUGAAAGAAUAAUGCUGUGUUAAUAUGGUAUUUGGUGUUUUACUGUCAAACAUUUGUAAAUCUGAGUCCAACUUACACUGAAGUUAUUUAGCCAAUGAAUAUGUAUUAAACCUCUCUAUACCUGUA